AGAGAGGGAGAGGGCGCCUGGGCUGAAUUGUGAGUGGCUUACGACACUCAGUGAACAGAAGGUGUUUCUGCAUGCACUGCCAGUGCACUAGUCUGCUGCAAGGGAUCGAGCAUCUCUCUCCUCCCCAUACACCGCGCCUGUCUUCAGCCUCAGCAUCUACAGCCUCCGCAGCCCACAGGAAAUGAGCUUCAUACAAAGAAGACUUUACUGAAGAUUUGAGUCUUACUAGACACACUAUCAUCAAUGAUCUUUGGAUAUCACUACUAUACAAAAAAUUAAAAAGGACAGGAAAAAGAAAAAUAGAGCUAUAUGAUGCAGAUCACACAGCUUUUGCAUGUUCACAAUUGCGAAGAAACAACCACUGACAGAAUGCCAAUGAGCUUCACUCAAUGUACAUUGUGCAGGUCAGUGAUCACUUUAGGUUAUGGAUGGUGAUUUGCGACGACAGAUCGGGAGUCUUUAACAAGAAGGGAGGAAAAGAGGGAGCGUGAGAGUUUGGAGUGGAUUAUUCCCUCCUUCGUGCAUGUUUUCCCCCACUCGUCUCUCCCACAGAUCAGCGCAGCAGUCAAUGCAGAGGAGCGGUGGAGAGAGGACAGCGCUCAUGCAUGCAGUCCGGGAAACUUGCACUUCCUACCAGCCUGCUGAAUGCCACUUGGAUUCGCUCUCUUUUUGGCUCUUUCACACGAGGAGAACUAAGACAUUGUAAGUCUGCCAGGAUCUGGUGUCCGAUGAAAAGGAGGGGGGGCUGAAUUUGUACAACACUGGAGUCUUUUUUAGUUUCACACAUAAUUAGCGUCGGCACAAAGGGAUCAACUGAAUAGAGGUUGUCAGCCUCUGGAAAGGGGUGAGUAGGCAUCCUUUCAUGUGAGAUUGAUUCUUGAGGAGCGCAUUUUUUUGUACCUUCGUCUCUCUUUUCCUUUCUCUGAUCUAACAUGAGCAAAGUGACUUGUCGUUUAUUUGCCGUCGCUCUUCUCCUUUCAAUGUGGCAGGAUUUCUUGAUUCUUUAAGUACCGAUUCACCAUCCAUAUUCUCUAUAAAUACAUAUCAACUGAAAAGACUUGGGGAGUUACAAAUCACAAAAUCUAAAAUGACCAAGAUCUGAAAGAUUCAAUGGACUUUUUCUCUACGACACUGCAGGAUAUUCAUGCUAAUGGAUUUCCUCCUAAUUGGUCUGUACCUAAAGUGGCCACUAAGAAAGCCCCCUGGGCUAAUACUGUGCUCCCUGGGCAUUGUUCUGAAAAUAGUUCCGUUGGUGGGAGGGAGCUGUCCGAGGCCGUGCCGAUGUGACAACAAGCUAUUGUAUUGUGAAGGGCUCAACCUGACUGACAUCCCCCAAAACCUGAGCAGUGCCAUUGGUUUGUCCCUGCGUGAGAAUAACAUCUCUGAGCUGCGGGAAGGGGACUUUGUUAGCCUGUCGCAGCUUACCUGGCUCUACUUGGAUCAUAACAAUAUUGAGAUUGUGGAGGAGAACGCCUUUGAGAGGCUGCGAAGGGUUAAAGAGCUGGAUCUGAGUUCCAACCGGAUAGAAAUCCUGCCCAACGGGACCUUCAGACCUCUGCCCAAUCUGCGAAUAUUGGAUUUAUCUUAUAACAGACUUCAAUCCUUGGAGCCAGACCUUUUCCAUGGCCUUAGGAAGCUUACCAAUUUACAUUUGCGCUACAAUGCCCUUAAAUUCAUCCCUGUGCGGAUUUUCCAGGAUUGCAGGAGCAUGCAAUUCCUGGAUCUGGGUUACAACCAGCUGCAGAGCCUGGCACGUAAUUCAUUUGCCGGACUCUUCAAGCUCACUGAGCUGCAUCUGGAGCACAACGAGUUGGUGAAAGUCAAUCUGGCCCAUUUCCCCCGCCUCAUAUCCCUGCGGACCCUCUACAUGCGAAACAAUAAGGCCACCAUUGUGGUCAGCACCCUUGACUGGACCUGGGACCAUUUGGAGAAGAUUGACUUCUCCAACAAUGAGAUUGAGUACAUUGAGCCCCAUGUGUUCGAGAGUGUACCCAACCUUAACACUCUUAUGCUGGACUCUAAUAAACUGACUUACAUAGAUCAGCGGAUUUUGGACUCAUGGACAUCCCUGAGCAGCUUAACUCUGUCGGGUAAUGACUGGGAAUGCAGCAGGAAUGUCUGUGCCUUGGCUUCCUGGCUUAGCAACUUCCAGGGACAACGUGACAGUGGCUUGUUGUGCGCCAGCCCGGACAUUGCACAGGGUGAGGACAUACUGGAUGCCGUCUACGCUUUCCAGUUAUGCGAGGACAAUGUAGAAGCAACAACGCAGACCUUCACCGCUACCAGAAACCGUGCCAGAGGCUUCAUAUACGAUGGGUCAACGAGAAAUACCUAUGACCUGCAGGACGUGGAGGGCGGGGAAGUGGUAACCAACUCCUUAACGGUGACUGCAUCUGCUGAUGACCUGGAGAGCACCAUGCAGAUUCACAAGGUGGUGACAGGCACCAUGGCCCUCAUUUUCUCCUUCCUGAUCAUGGUCCUCAUGCUCUAUGUGUCCUGGAAAUGUUUCCCGGCAGGCAUCAGGCAGUUAAGGCAGUGCUUCACCAGCCAGCGUCGCAAACAGAAGCAGAAGCAGACCAUGCAGCAGAUGGCUACUACAUCUGCAUCCGAGUACUACGUUGACUACAAACCCAACCAUAUUGAGGGGGCACUUGUCAUCAUCAACGAGUACGGCUCUUGCACGUGCCAGCAGCAGCCAUCUCGAGAGUGCGAGGUGUGAUAUUCCACCCAUGUCAUUUUUAAAAAUCAGUGGUUUCAAAGUUAGAAUGGAUAUGGAACACACGUUAACUUGGCACCUCAUUUUGCUGCUCUCAGGAGGAAGCUAACUUUUCUUGAGUGCAAAUGGACUAAAAACAGAGAUUUAGUGCUGAUUUCAACAGCCUCAAAGCCUUGUGGGAGAAUUUGACUCUAACACCUGUGUACUUGAUGCAAAAGAUGUGGAAUAAUUAUGUUGACCUGUCCUGGCUUCUCUUAUGAAGAGUGGAUAUUUGAGCUUUAAUGUGUCUUUCUACUUCAGGAUAUUCUAGGACUUUCUAAAGGUAUCGAGGACAUCCAGAACACAAUUUUUACUGUGGUAACAAACAUACAAAAUCGGAGAGGAAAACAACAAAACAAAUAAACCCUUAAAAAAAGAUUAUAUGUAAAAUAUGUUAACAGCAGAAAUGCAAGAGUGGGGAUAAAAUGCAAGAUGUUAUCUUAUUUCUUUUGUAAUCUAUGGAGAAAAAAAGAAGAGGAAAAUACAAAUGUUUAAAUAAAUGAAUUGCAAUUCACAGUACUCAUUUUUGCAGGUGAGUUGGAGGGUUGCUUUUUUUGUCUGUGAUCGCGGGGAAAGAUGUUCAGAGAGCUCUGCAGUAUUUCAGGAUGUAAAUAAGCAGGCCUGUUGGGAGCGCUUCACUUCAUUUGAAAUGUUAAGCCUCAGUCAAAGGUUCAGAUCUCCUCGUCUCUCCCCGAGAUAUAAUUACUGUGCAAAGCUUGAUUGUUAUGGCUGUUGCAGUUGUCCCACUUGUACCUAUCCUAAAUAGAUUAAGCAAACUAGCAAAAACAAGACAGGCUAAUGCGGUUUGAUCGGAUCUCACAUGAUAAAGUCAAACAUUUGUAUGCUGUGCAAAUAAACAAGACAAGGAGUGUCUAAGACCUUAAUUCCCUUCACUGCUUCCACAGACUUCACAGACAACACAUAAAAAGAGCCUCAACCAAGGGGUAAAAGGAGUGAGAGGAGGUCUUAAACAUUCAAAUCUAAAUGUACUUGAAAUGGGUGUGAUCCUUUUUUUUUUUUUUUUGGAUGAUUCGUUUUGUUUUAUUUUGUUUAUUUUGCAAAUUCUAGAUGUAUAUUCAAUUGCGGCUUUCUGUUUAGGUGUGACAUGAUGUCCUGUGGUAAGCCAUUGUUAUUGUGUGAGUGAUCAUCCUGACGGAUUGUUAGAUCGUGCACACCCCACAUCAGUGGCUAUUGCACUGGUGAAAGCACAGGGCCUCUGAGAGAAGGUACAGGCUGCUCCCUAGUGUUCAUACCGGCAGUAGAGAAAGACGAGAUACCGCAGCAACAAGCCCUUGAAUUUCUCUUGCCCAGGCUUUGUGUGUCUUCUUGUAUAUGCCUGUUGCUUGUCUAUAUGCAUUCUCUAAGCUCAGCUCAGGAUUACCACCACAGCGUAAAUUAUCUGGACUAAACAACAAAACCAGACUGAUUCUAAAAAGGGAGAUCUCACUUUGUGAGUCAACACCUCACUCACUUGGCUGUUAUAGUGAUGGAUUUGUUUAGUAAGUAUAGGGGACAUGCCACUGUGAAGAUGGUGUGUGUGAGGUACUACUUGUGUGUUUGUGUGUGAAUGUGGGUGUAAGAGUGCAUGUAUGUGUACGCAUUUACAUUUUGACUAUUUAAGUGGGUGUGAUUUUGUUUUUGUGUCGUCCCCUGAAAAGGUGGAAUUGAGUUUGUUCUGACCAGCUGCAUGUGUGAAGUAUUAAUUUGUCAAGUAUGACUGGGAUACGCCUUAAAGGGACCAUUUAAGGCUGAGCAAAUAUUUUUACAAUCAAAUCAGACAGUUUUAUUAUGAAUUCCAAAGUCCCGCCCCCUUUGAAUCCUUUAAUACUUGAUAUGAAACUGUUCUAUUUUCAGCACUGUAUUUGAUGCGUAUAUGAAGCUAAGCCAAGCUAAACCAAUAAAAUGUAUUCCUACUGUUGUAAAUGAUACGCAAUGUGACACG